AAGGCCAAUCCCGUGAUGCUUAGACUUCAAAAAAAUGUUUACUUCUCCAACCCAGGUAGCAGGGGGAGGCAAGAGGUAGAACAGGGGGAGAAAAAAUUAAGAAUGAGUUUUUUCUCACCCCAAGUGCUAGAAACUAGAGGUACGCUCCUGUUUUCAGUGCAAUCGUAGAAGGAAAAUAAUUCUAAACUUCCUGAAUCUAUUCAGAUACGAUGUGAAUCUAGAAAAGACUUGGAACCUGGUGUGAGUUUUCAUCAAGAGAAAAGUUGGGUAGAAUCAGACACUUCCAGUAGAACCAGAACCAGAUACUUCCGGUAGAAGCAGAUACUUUUUCUAGAACCAGAUACUUCCGGUAGAAGCAGAAACUCUUUCUAGAACCAAAUACUUCGGCUAGAACCAGACGAAAUGUUGAACAGCACUCUCUUUGCACUGAAACCAAACAUUUCACUCAGAUUGCUGGUCCAGUUGUCGUUCCUAGGAGGCGGCAGCUAUGACGACCUGACCUCUAAAUAUAACGACAGCAUUGAAACGUUUAACAAUCAGGUCAACGAGGUGAACAGGCUCUGGUCUAUGGUGCUUGAGAUUAAACAAAUCUACAUGUGGGUGUUGCUUGCAGUGGGCUUCCCAGCCAACAUCCUCGCUUUGGUGACGGUCCUUACAAUGCACGUCGUGACACCCAUCGCUCUGCUCAUCGCUACCUUGGCUGUUUUCGACGGCACCGCACUGAUCGGCAAACUGAUAGGAGUUCAGAUCUCCUUAAGACGAUUGUACCUGGGAUCGUUCGGCUGCAAGAUGGAGUUUCUCAUUCUCUUCAUGUCCUCCAUGGCUAACUGGAUCCUGGCAUUGAUCUGUCUAGAGAGAUACAUAAGUCUAGUGCACCCUACAAAGCGCGCCAGGUGGACAAGUAAAAAAGUCGUCUGCGCGGAGUUGAUUGGAACAGGGACUUUCCUCCUGUCCAUCUUCGCAGCGAUUUCACUUAGCAUGCGAGACGCCAUCCAGUCCGGCUAUCAGUGCGGGGUCUACACAGACUAUUACUGGUUCUAUACUCAUGUUUGGUUCUGGGUCAACGCUUGCCUAUUCCUAUUCAUCCCUUGCUUCAUCAUUCUUCCAUGCACCAUCCUCACUGUCGUUCACAUUGCCAGAACCCAGAGGCGUUAUUGUGACGACAAACCGGCCAGUCCUUACUGCGAUCUUGAGGCCCCGCUGACCCAGAGGGAGCGACAGUAUCAAUUGAACAUGACAGCUAUGAUGGUUAUCGCCGCUUUGUUUUUCAUCGUCCUUCGCUUGCCGUCUUGCAUUUACUACCUCUCGUACCAGGAGAGCGCAGACCUGGUCAUUGAGGCGCGCUGGGCAGUUUUUGAGCAGAUCCAGUUCUUGCUGUUCGACUCCACGCACGCCAUCAAUUUCUUUAUUUACUUUAUGUCGUCACGUGUGUUCAGGCAUCACUUGCUCUACCUGCUGUCCUGCAAGAAAUACAAAGGCACGGCAACAUUCGAGGAGCAGAGCUUGGAGGCGUCGCCCAGCCUUAACGAGUGCCUGACGCGGGACGACAGCUGCAGUAAGCGUCUGAGUCUUGAGCUGUCUAGAUAAUCCUCUAACACGCCAUCAGUAACAAGCUUAGAGAGAGGUUAAAGGGACGAGUGGGCAAUCUUUGAAUGGGACAUCAAAUGUAGUCAAUCUAAGGCAGUGUCUUCAUACAACUGUGACACUGUGGAUAGGAAUUAUUGACAUAAGAAGCUGGAAGGAACAGCUCAAGGGUGAAAUCCCUAUUGCAAUUGGCAAUCUACCUUUUCAUUAAUGCAAUCACUUUUAUUUCCUUUUAACAAUACCUCAAUUCAAGUCAGAACUUCAUGGAGCCAGGAAUCAGCAUGGACCCUGAUCUCAAAAAAACGACUCUAACGAUUUUCCUAGAAAUUUACCAGUUGAUGUAUAUCGCUGAGAAAAGAAUAACUAGCUCGUUGUCCACACGGGGGAAACUCUAGUUUGACCAUUAUAAUGUUUCAAGCAAUUAAUUUAAAUUUGGCUAUAAAUAGGAGGAAAAACGACAUGGCGUAGUCGGCCAUAGUGUACCGAUAACCGAGUUGUUUUAUUAAAUAUAAAAUCUGUAAUAGUUUAUUGAUAAAUUAUCUAAGCUUUACUUAUAUUUUUACGUAAAUGUAAUAUAGAUUACCUGUAUAAUUAGAUCUAGAUUAGAUCAUUAGAGUUCUAAAUCAGAAGUCUAGAUCUAGUUCUUGAUGGUUCUAUAAAGAAAGUACCAAUAAAGAGUCUCUCAAUUAUACAAAUGCCCGCUGGUUGAAUCGUUAGCGUCGUUCUUUCAAGGGGCUGAAGGUGUCACAAUGACAAGUUAGACAAUAGGUUAGAGAUUUGGGCCUAUAUCUUAUAUUAUUUUAAAUUGUAUAAUGGAGUUUUAUUAUAUUAUUAUAUUAUAGAAUUGUUUUAUUAAUUAAUCAACUCUACAUUUUUUCUGUGAUUUUUUUUUUCAUUAAUUUAAUUUUUUGUUAAAUUUUUGUAAAAAAAAAAACAACAUAAUUUUCUCUUUCCUAUUGAAACUUUUCCCCUCUCUAGUCUUACUAUCAAUUUACAAUAAAUGUAAAAUCGAUUUUUAAA